AUGACGAUCGAAAAUGACGUCGCGACGAGCGACGCGACGCCCUCCUCCUCCUCGUCCGCGACGGAGGAGCCCCCACCGCCGCCGCCGCCCCCUCCGCCGCCUCCUCCGCCGCAGCAGCAGGGCGGCCCCCCGCCCGGGUACGACCACCAGGCGCGGUACCAAGCCCUCAAGGACAAGCCGAUCGCGGUGGAGUCGGUCGAGAUCCAAGGGAUCGAGCGCACGCGUCGCGGCAUCCUCGAAGCCGCGCUCGAGCCGCUGUACCGCGCGUCCUCGCUCGACGACCUGCGCGACAAGUGCGUCGACGCCAACGGCGCGCUGAACGCGUACGACGUCUUCGAGAGCAUCGACAUCGUGUGCGACGCGGGCGCGUCCUCGCGACCGGACACCGCGUCCGUGAUCGUGCGCGUGGAGGAGAAGAAGCGACUCAACCUGAAAGGCGGCGCGUUCGUGAGCCAGGCGCGCUCGAUGGAGCUCUCCGCCGGCGUCAACAACGCGCUCGGGUACGCGGAGAAGGUGGACGUGGAGAUCGCACGAGGGCACGAGCGCUCGAGCACGUACACGCUGUCGUGGCAUCAGCCGCGCGUGCGCAACGAGGACGUCGACGUCGUGACGCGCGCGUUUCAAUCCGUCACCUGCGAGAAGAGGCUCUCCUCGUUCGACGAGACCGACCGCGGGGUCUCCGUGCAAGUCUUGGGCGGCGGCCCCGCGACUUUGGAAUACGCGCUCGUCUUGAGAGAGAUCGCGGACCCGACGAGGCUCGCGUCGAGGGCGGUGCGAAAUCAGCUCGGGCACUCGCUGAAGUCGUCGCUGUCGUACUCCAUCGGCGGCGACGCGCGCGACAGAGCGGUCCGCCCCACGACGGGCGCGCUGUGGCGCCUGCGAAGCGAGCUCGCGGGGAUCGGGUUCGACCGAAACGCGACGCGUUUCUUCAAGCAGGAGGCGGAGGUCAAGGCGUUCAAGCGAUUGGCGGAGGGCGUGACGUGGCAUCUCGGCGGGAAGCUCGGCGCGCUCGUGCCGCUCGGCGCCGCCGCGCGCGAGGACCAGAGAGGGACGUGCAUCGCGGACCGGUUCUUCCUCGGCGGCGUCGGGUCGCUGCGAGGGUUCGAGCCCCGCGGCGUCGGCCCGUCGGACGUCCGACGGCCGCCGAAGGAUCCGGCGGCGGCGGCGGCGGCGGGGAUGUCGAGCCGCGACGCGCUCGGCGGGGAUCUCCUCGCGCAGGCGUUCACCGCCGUGCAGGCGACGCCGACGUGGAGCAAAUUGUCCGACAUCGGGGUGUACGCGCACGCGUUCGCGAACGUGGGGACGCUCGCGAGGGUGAACACGCCCGGCGUCGCGGCGGCGGCGGCGGCGGCGGCGGGGGAGGGCGGCGACGGGGACAGGCCGUCGAGCGCGAGGGAGUUUCUCGAGGGUUUCCGCGGGUCGUUGGGGGUCGGGCUGGUGUUCCCGCUGCCGGUGGGGAACAUCGAGGUGAACUACGUGAAGACCGUGCGCGCGGGGGCGAACGAUCGCGUGAAAGACGGGCUCCAAGUCGGCCUCGCGACGCAGAUGAGCAUCUGACUGUGGAUUUUUUUAUCACUCGUCGUU